AUGCAGGUCUCGGGUAUCUCAGGAAGAUGCGAAAGACCAAAUUCGAGCGAAAAAGUAUCCUCAUUUGAAGUCGCAUUAGACUCUUCGGAAAAUUUCACCGCAACUGGAGACCCACGAUUGAAGGGGCGAAUACUAUCAGAACACGGACAGAUGAUACAAGGUCUUAUUGAUGAAUCCGCCUUGAAUCUCCAUGUCUCUUGCAUUCCAAGUGGUGAUCUUUCAACACGAAAAUCGAGUCGAUAUUCCGCGCCGUUUGCAUGCGACUUGGAGAUUACUGUAUAUGGUUCUUCAGAGCUAUUUGAACAGAUUGGCAUCUGGUUCCAAGAGUAUGGAGCGUACCUCCAAGAUCCGCGGGCAUGCCAUCACGAUGUCAAAUACUGGAAUCCUCAUAGAUUGUCUUCAGAUGAUUUCGAAUCAUCCCCUUUGCUUUCUCAGGUCAUCUUGCAUGAAUUCAAAUCAUCUUCGUUCCAAGGCAUCACAGAGGGGCCAGAUUUGCUGGAUAUACUAAGCAGUAAUAUUGAGCUGGAAGAGGCCCCACAGCCAGCAUCAAUACAAACGGCUCUUCAAAGCCAUCAAAAGAAGGCCUUAACCUUCCUGCUUCGUCGGGAAAAUGGCUGGGCUUUCGAUGCGAAUCAGCUAGACAUUUGGGAGAGAGUGGAUAAUGACCAAGGACGAUUCUUUAUCAAUCGAAUUUCCACCACCCACCAGGAAGAAGAGCCUCCCCAGUUCUAUGGAGGCAUCAUCGCAGAUCCAAUGGGCCUUGGCAAAACGUUGACCAUGAUUGCUUUAGCGGCGUCAGACCUAGACAGAACUAUCAAUAUCACCAAAGAUACUGUGGAGAGAGAGUUGGGGAAUAAACCCUGUAUCGCAACUACUCUUAUUAUCAUACCACCUCCAUUGCUCGGCACUUGGGAAGAACAGCUAUCGGAACACGUUGUGGCAGGCGGCUUAAAAUGGCGGCGCCAUUAUGGAAAGACUAGAUUCACCAAUCAAUACGAGCUUGAUGAUUUAAACGUAGUGUUGACUACUUAUCACACCGUUUCUGCGGAGUGGAAGAAUGAGCGAGAAUUGGAAAGCUCAAUUCUGUUUUCUGUUCCUCACUUCAUCCGGAAUGGAAGCUCAAGAAUGGCCCAUGCCAUCUGCGCGCUCGAUUCCGUUGCUCGAUGGGCUGUUACAGGAACGCCCAUACAAAACCGUCUCAGCGACCUUGCUACUCUGCUUAAAUUUAUCAGGGUGCAUCCUUACACAGACCCGAAGCGUUUUGACGCGGACAUAGCUCACCUUUGGAAAUCUGGAGAAGACGAAGAAGCUGCUAAAAGGUUACAGCGCCUUUCAGCUUGUAUCUUGCUGCGCAGGCCGAAAACGACCAUAAAUCUUCCUCCCAGGCAGGAUAUGCGAUGUCCUAUCGAUUUCAGUCGCGAAGAAAGAGAAUUGUAUACCGAACUACGAGAGCAGACGAUAGCCAGGGUCGACGAAGCGCUUCAAAGCAGCUCUGAGAGGUCGAGAGCAAGUGUGUACGUCAAUGUUUUACAGCAAAUUGAAUCAUUGCGACUUGUCUGUAAUCUGGGUCUCCACUAUCAUGCAAGACAUCAAAAGGCUCUGAACUUGCCUGCAGAAUCUAGCGACUGGACGAGCCUCGCGCAGCAGGCUUUCAAUGUUCAACGGGGAAUGGGGCCAAUCGCGUGUGUUCAAUGCUCAUCGACUCUAGAGUUGACCGAGACUCUUUUGGACGACUCAAGCACGGCAUACCAAAAUCCAAUCUUUUCUCGCUGCUUGAAAUUCGUUUGCGGCGACUGUAUGCACAGGAUGAGCAGGGUCGGACGCAAAUUAGGGUGCGGACAUCGGCCCCCUUGUCCAACAGCGUCGGUCUCUAUAAACAUAAAUGUCUUUGAGGAUAUUUCCGACAUGGUCCCGCGGCAGAUGAAAGCUUCCUCCGUUGGCCUUCCGUCAAAAAUUGAAGCGGUAAUCGCUGAUAUCAAGACUUUGUCUCCAGAUACGAAAUGUCUCACCCUUACUGUAGCAUCGCGAGCAUAUCUCAUGGAGCCGCAUUGGAAUCCAACUCUUGAAGAGCAAGCCUUGGCCCGCAUUCACCGGAUUGGGCAGAAGCAGAGUGUUACGACUGUGCGAUUCUAUAUACGGGAUUCAUUCGAAGAACAAGUCAUGGAAAUUCAGGAGUCAAAGAAGAGCCUUGCUGGAGUCUUGCUUUCUCCACAUGAUGGUGGGCACACUGAUGAUAGUCUGGGAACACUUCAUCGGUUGAGGGUCUUGCUUUAG